GGCGCAGGGGACAGGGAGCUGGAGCGGGGGGACGCUGAAGCUGACGGUGUACACGGGGGCGACGAUGGGAGCCGGGACGGACUCGGCGCAGGGGACAGGGAGCUGGAGCGGGGGGACGCUGAAGCUGACGGUGUACACGGGGGCGACGAUGGGAGCCGGGACGGACGGGGGGACGCUGAAGCUGACGGUGUACACGGGGGCGACGAUGGGAGCCGGGACGGACUCGGCGCAGGGGACAGGGAGCUGGAGCGGGGGGACGCUGAAGCUGACGGUGUACACGGGGGCGACGAUGGGAGCCGGGACGGACUCGGCGCAGGGGACAGGGAGCUGGAGCGGGGGGACGCUGAAGCUGACGGUGUACACGGGGGCGACGAUGGGAGCCGGGACGGACACGCCGGUAGCGGGGGCGACCAACGUCAUCACGAUGACGCUGACGGCCAACUACGACAUGGAGGCGGGGUCUACGGUAACGGUGACAGGGCUGACGGGGUCGGCCACAGGGGACAACGCGGCGCUGCAAGUGACGAGCACCGGGGGCUUGCUAGGGGCGUCUGGGGCUUGGAGCCAGGGGACAGGGAGCCUGGUGCUGACGGCGGCGGGGAGCGGGACGGCAGCAGGGGUAGCGUGCGAGGUCUCGGCGCAGGGGACAGGGAGCUGGAGCGGGGGGACGCUGAAGCUGACGGUGUACACGGGGGCGACGAUGGGAGCCGGGACGGACUCGGCGCAGGGGACAGGGAGCUGGAGCGGGGGGACGCUGAAGCUGACGGUGUACACGGGGGCGACGAUGGGAGCCGGGACGGA